GGCUUUUAGCCUUUCUCCUCAAAGUAGUAUUGAGUGCUCUAGCCACCGGGCCUAUGGCAAGAUCCAAAAGAUCCCACACGUGAUAUCUAAGAAGAAUCAAAUUAAGGGAAUUGUAGGUUCUUUGAUAUCAAAGUUAGAAAUAAGUGACAUGUAUCUUUUGGGGCAUUGCGAAACACAUGAGUCACAAGACCUUUUGAUCAACAUAGUCCCUGUAUAUGAUGGUAUUAUUGGAUUUUGCUAUAGAGAUACUCUUUUUGCUUUACUUGAAGGUUUUGAAGGUGCAGAAGGUAGUAAUGUUUGA